AUGAAGCAGGAGAAGCACGUGGUCUCGGAAAAGGACAUCAUGCUGUCGAGCGAAUGCCCGUUCAUAGUAAAGAGUCGAUUUGAUAACGACGCGGCGCGGUUUUACUGUGCAGCGGCGAUCGAGGCGCUCCAGUACCUACACGAUGAAAAUAUUGUCUUCCGAGACUUGAAACCGGAAAAUAUGCUCCUCGACAGGAACGGAUAUCCCAAAUUGGUCGAUUUUGGAUUCGCGAAACGUUUAGGCGAAAAAGGUCAAACGUGGACGUUUUGUGGUACUGCUGAAUAUGUGCCACCAGAAAUCGUCCUGAACAAGGGCCACGACACUUCUGUGGAUCUUUGGGCGUUGGGCAUCUUCUUGUAUGAACUGCUGUCUGGAAAGCCACCAUUCUCAAAUUCGGAUCCAUUGGUCGUCUAUAACGCGAUACUGAGAGGAUUCAGCAAGUGGGCUUGGCCCAGAUGUUUCUCCAAGGAAGCAAGGGAUUUGAUACUGGCACUGUGUAAAGAGGACCCAGGCUUACGUUUGGGCUAUGGCCAUCUCGACGACGUUCGUGCACACUCGUGGUUUCACG